AUGGAUCUUGAGCAAGGUUUGACAUUCGCUAUGUUUAAGGCAAAUAUUGAAAAUGAUCCUGACAUGCAAGAUUUAAACGAGGAGUUGAAUAAUAUUAUUGUGGAAGACGAACUUGAUACUUGUUCUAUUACUGCUGUGAAUAGCGAUAGCGGUAACGAUUUAGGUAUCGAGGUUGAACCACCUUGUAUAUAUCACCCUACAUUUGAAGAGUUUAUGAAAUCGCCAAAGGAAAGGGAGAAACAAUUUGAGAAAAUGCGGCAAAGUUUGACAUUUGCUAUGUUUAAAAAGAAAAUUGCAGAUGAAGGACUGUGGCGUAGUUGGGGUUUAUUAUUGUUUCAGGGACACAAGGAGGAUAUGUCACGUUUAAUGUAUAUGGGAGAACACUCAUGA